AUGCGUAUGAAAGACCGUAACUUAGCGGUGGAAACGGGAGCUCGGAUCCUCAACCCCUGGUUUGAUUAUUGUGGGUUUAAUUCGUCUACAUCUGAAAUGGUUGACGGGCAGGCGGCACGAGACACUAUUCGGGCUGGUUCAGUUAGUACUAGUAUAACGUCGCGAGGUGAGAGGCGGCCUCUUGCUCCCAAAGGCGUUACUGUGACCGGCAGAAGGGUUCGGCUCGUCAUGCAAUGGAAGAAUGUAUUGCGUGGGACCGUCAUCGUGGUGAGCUGGCAGUCGUCACUGGCAGCAGAGUCAUACCGAGGAGGCCUUGGUCCUUCAUGGCCUCCCUCUGAAAGAAAGUCGUCGUUUCAAGCAAAGCACUAUUUAGGAACAGGACUUUGA